CAACCGGAAGUGCGAUUGGUGCGGCGGUGGUGACGGAGCGCUCAUUGAAGAGUGCUUCACGCGCUUCAGCAGUAGCUCAAUCGGUUGUGCUCGAGUGAAAAUGGCCUCGUCCUUCUGGAAAGGUGUUGUCGGUGUGGGCCUUUUCGCUCUGGCACACGCAGCGUUUUCCGCGGCGCAGCACCGAUCCUACAUGCGACUGACAGAAAAAGAGAACGAAACAUUACCUAUAGAUAUAAUGUUACAGACUUUGUUAUCGUUUGUGAUCACGUGUUACGGCAUAGUUCACAUCUCAGGUGAAUUCAAAGACAUGGAUGCUGCUUCAGAGCUCAAAAACAAGACAUUUGACACAUUGAGAAAUCACCCGUCAUUCUACCUGUUCAAUCACCGAGGCCGAGUGCUCUUCUGCCCUCCAGAGCAAGAGCCGUCCACUCCCAGCACACAGGCCUUGCCCUCCAAUCCCCUGCGGUUACGCAAGCUGGAAAAUUAUCAUUGAAACUGACCUUCAGUGGGCUGCCCUGUCCGCUUUCAUUUGUUUCUUUCUUAAAUUUAAUUGAUUAGCUCCUCGGUUAAAAGGAAAAUAAGCAUAUUUUCCUGUCUUGUUGUUUAUGUGAAUAUGCUGUACAAACAUGCAUCUCUCGUGGUUACUAUUUUGUCAAUGGACUGUGCCAACUCCUUUUACAGCUGAUAUGUUUGUAAAUACUUGUUAUUGCCUGGGAGUCUUAAAUCUGUAGGUUACGGCUGUAGCCCUUGGCUUGGCUGUCGCACACAGGGCAUGAAUCCUACAUGUACAAUGUCGGUUUGCCUCGUUUUUUGCUGAACUGACCCUAACUGCAACUGGUUCUUCCCUGUCCCCAUCUGAAUUGAGGUCAGUGUUGUGGACCAUAAAUUGUAUUAAUGUUCAGAAGCAGUAGCUCUGAUUCACGAACUUCAGAUUUGAGCUCAUAAUACUGAAAAUUAUUAAAACUAUUAAAACAUG